AUGCGGCGUGAGGACUUUUGACUAAAUAGCUGAGGCGCGUAAGCGGCACGGCGCCUGCAGUUCAUGCAGCUCAAGUGUUUAUAGCCAAAUAUUAAAUAGUUUUGUAUUUUAUCGUUUUGAGAGCGCUGCAUUGCAAUGAUGGAGGAGGUAGACGUUGAGCCGGCUGUCACUAAUAUUCCUGCAGCCAAUGCUGGGAAGCAUUUGGGCUUUGCUUGGGGUCCUGGUGAUAUCCUUGUAUACGAGACGCUUUACAAAUCAGCAGGUGCUAAAGGACCCUGUAGCUCUGCCAUCCAUGAGGUCAGGAAAGAUGAGGACAUCUAUUCCCCUAUUUUACGCAAGCUCUUCAAUGAAUCGCAUCACAUCUUUGUCGGGCUGCAGACAAUUAGAGAGGACCUCCCAAGCAAAAACAAAAAGUCCCAGUUUGUCAGCAUCAGUAAAAACUACAGAUCUGUGAUAAGAGCCUGCAUGGAGGAACUGCAGCAAGCUGCAGUUUCUACAAAAGAUUCAGAGGUGGCUACACAGUAUGGAAAUCAGGUGUCCAUACUUUUGGCCAUAGAGCUGAUUUGGAAUCUGUGUGAAGUGCUUUUCAUCGAUGUUGCCCAUGCCGGUGUCCUCUUGCUUCAACUUUUGGACUGGGUGAGGUUACACAAGGCUGAUGUGGAUGAGAAGGCCAGCGAGGUGCUGCAGAGUGAAAGUCCUGCUGAGCACCGCAACUACUGGGAUGUGGUGGUGAGUUACGUGCUGCAGGGAAGACUGGAAGAAGCCAGACAGAUGCUUAUAAAACAGGCCACUCUACAGCCUGCUGCCAGAAAUAUGUAUAAACUGAUGGACUCUCUGCUCAGCAAGAUGCCCUUCUAUACUCCUGGUGGCAUCCAGACGCUUACGGAAUUUGAGGUGAAGUGGAGGCACUGGCAUGAUGAGGUGGACCGCUGUCUUCAGGACAACUCUUUUGCUAGUAACCAACACCUGGAGUUCAUCUGCAAGAUCCUAGUUGGGGAUGAAGACACACUGUUGGCGCACAAGGACCUGUUGGGCACCUGGUAUCAUUUCCUAGUGACUAGACUGCUUUUCUGCCACCCCACAGUCAAACCUACUGAGUUACAUUACUAUGCACAGUCAUGCAUGACCAUGUUUUUGGACUCGAGGAGUGUACCCGAGCCCCUGGAUAACAUCCUACUGGCCGCCUUUGAGUUUGACAUCCAUCAGGUCAUCAAAGACUGCAGCAUUGCACUCAACAACUGGUGGUUUGUAGCCCAUCUGACAGAUCUCCUGGAUCACUGCCACCUCCUCCAGUCUCACAAUCUACACUUUGGAUCUAAUUUGAGAGAGUUUCUCUUGUUGGAAUAUGCCUCUGGACUCUUUACUCAUAACAGCCUGUGGCAGUUGGCUGUGGAUUACUUUGACCACUGCCCAGAAUUUGGCCGCGUUUACCUGGAGCUACAGAUUGAGCGCGUGCCUUUAGACACGGAGCACAAAGCCCUGAAGGUGCUUCGAAUCUGUGAGAAGAGGCAGAUGUCAGAGCAAGUGCGGAGUAUCUGUAAGAUCAUGGCUAUGCGGGCUCUGAGGAACAACAGAUUGGGAUCUGCUCUCUCUUGGAGUAUCAGGGCUAAAGAUGCUGCCUUUGCCACCCUAAUAUCAGAGAGAUUCUUACAGGAUUACUGCGCCAGAGGGACAUUUUCUGAUCUUGACCUAAUAGACAACUUGGGUCCAGCAAUGCUGCUCAGCGACAGGCUCACGUUUCUCGGAAAGUAUCGUGAGUUCCACAAGCUGUAUGGAGAGAAUCGCUUCAGGGAGGCAGCGAAGCUGCUCCUCUCCCUCAUGACUGCCAAGAUUGCCCCCCGGAGCUUCUGGAUGACCCUGCUCACAGACGCCCUACCACUGCUGGAACAGAAAGAGGUGAUCUUCUCAGCAGACCAAACUCACGAGCUCAUGUUCUGCUUAGAGGAGCUCACCUCAUCACUGAGCAACACAGGUCCUGGCACAGACAGGACCAUGCAGGAGGAAGACAUAGAGACGACCAAAGUGGAGCUCCUGAGACUCGCUUUGGCCAGGAACCUUGCCAUGGCCAUAGUCAAAGAGGGAACAGUAGAAUCGUGAAUGGUUGCAUUAUAAAGAAGGCACUUCUUAUGCAUUUUGUACUGUAUAUAAACCUUAUGUAAUCCAAAUGUGCUCUUUGAUAAUAAAACAUUUCAUGAUGUACAAUG